GCCCCUGCUGGGAACAUGCCAGAUCACAGGUCACUUACUUGUUGUUUUCAAUGCCAGUCUGUUACCUUGAACAGCGCACUGGAGUGUUUGUUAUACUAUUUGUAUAUUGGUGUUGUGCGUUGGCCUAAUAGAUUCGCUACGAUUUGAUGGGAUACAUUUACGUGCACUAGCUAUUCAUAGUAUACUCAUCAUUUUAAUUUCAUCUGUAUUGUAAAAAACUAAAUAUGUUUUUCCUAUCAUCAACGUCAGUAUUACUCGGAGUUUUAGGGUUUCUCUUCUGUUUAUGGUUCGUUCGGCGUCCAAAAAACCUUCCACCCGGGCCAUGGUCGCUGCCAAUCAUCGGAUACCGAUUCGACUCGGGUCUAAUUCACGAGGCUUUCGUGGACUUGACGAGGAAGUAUGGGCCAGUUUUCAGCGUUCGGCGAGGCCCGUUUCUCUUCGUUGUCUUGAACGACAGGGAGAGUAUGAAACAAGCUCUGGUGAAGUCAGGAGAAUUUUUUUCAGAACGAUUCGUACCAGGGCAUAUCAGAUGGGGAAUUCCAGAUGCUGAAAAGAAUGCUUCCAUUAGUUGGAGUAAUGGCAAGCCAUGGGAUGACCAGCGAAAAUUCUCCCUUCCUGCUCUUCGCUCCUUCGGCUUUGGUAAGAAGAGCUUAGUACCUCAGAUCAACCUUGAGGCUCGUUAUCUAGCUGAUGAAAUCAAGGCUCUACAUGGUGAACCAAUGGAUCUAUCGGGUGUGUUGAAUAAAGCAACUGCUAACAUCAUAGUUCAGCUAAUCUUCAGUCGUCGAUAUGAGUACGACGAUCCCGAAUUUAUUGGAGCUCUGGAGGCAAUGGCGGAUAUUUUCAGCCUCGUCUCAGAUACUGAUCCAGUUAAUGUCUUUGAAUCACUUGUUCAUACUCCGUGGUACAAACCCUACCGCGAUUGCACGUUCAAGCUAAGGGACUUCAUCAUGUCUCAUCUCAACAACCAUCAAGAAACUUUCCAGAAAGAUAAUAUCCGGGACUUCGUUGACGCGUUCCUAGCACACGAUAUCUCGAAAGAUUACUCCCUGGACAAGUUCUGGAGGAUUUUGUUGGAUUUCUUUGCCGGGGGCACUGAAACCACAGCGGUGGUGACUUCAUGGGCGAUACUCUACCUAGCUGUUCACCCAGAUGUACAGAAGAAGGUACAAACUGAGUUGGAUGUAGUUGUUGGGCGUGGCCGACAACCCAACACCAAUGACCGCCCAAACCUUCCCUACUGCGACGCCACCCUGAUGGAGAUUAUGCGCAUCCGUCCCGUCAUCCCGGUCUCUCUGCCUCACAUGACGUCUGCAGAUGUCUCCCUUGGACCUUAUACUCUUCCUAAGGGGACCAUCGUUAUCCCUAACCUGUGGGCUGUUCAUCAUGAUCCCAAGGAGUGGUGUGAACCACACCUAUUCAACCCAGACAGAUUUCUCAGUGCUGAUGGUCAAACAGUCGUGAAGAACGAGGCUUGGAUGCCAUUCAGCAUUGGCCGUCGUGAUUGCCUUGGUAUGCAACUUGCCAAGAUGGAAUCAUUUUUGCUCUUCGCCAACCUCUUCCAGCAAUUCGACUUCAAGCUUCCUCCCGACCAACCAACCCACAGCAUGCGAGGUCACCCUGGGCUCUCUAUGCCUCCAGAAUCAUAUAAGAUUUGUGCCAUUGAACGCUGAGUUUGGCUAAACAUCUACCAUCUUAAUUCCUCCCUUGACAAAUCCUGGAUCAUUACAUUCCUUUGAAUUUUAUCAGGUCCAUUCCAAAUAAAUUUGAAAAACAUACUCCCCAUUUUCUUUAAGAGCCAGUUUGGUACUAACAAAGAUGAA